UCCAUGGCAACGAGAUAAACCUGACUACCUGAGUGUCUGCGCUAAUAGCUGCGACGUCUAGUUUUAGUUAAAUGUUUUUUUCAGGGGGUGUUUUAUAUUAUUUUAACGGGCCCUGUCAGGUGAUGUGUAGUGUGACGAGAGGCUACAGAGUUUUAGACAUGGAGGACCCUGAUAUACGACAACAGAAGCUGGACAACCAGCGAACCCUUCUGAUAAAAAAGCAGCAAAAGAAGAGGGCUGAUUCUCAAAUGGUGGUAGCCAAUCGGGACGCUCGCCAAAAGAAAGGAAAGCACAAAACCUCCCGCUCUGACGAAACACCUCUGUUGAUCAGCCAAUCCCUGAGCAGCGCUUCCCUGAGUGGAGAUCAAGUCGAACAUGCCCAUGAUAACCCAUUGGAUGAGAUCACAUUAGGUGAAGCAAGCAUGACGUUAGAUGAGAUGCCUUCAGAGAAUCACGCCACUCCCAGGAAAAUGAACUUUGAGCUUGACGAAGAGCCUGAGGCGAUGUGGGAAGUGGAGAACGAUGCUCAGGCGGGGGGGAAAAAGACAAAGAAGAAAGAAGUGAAAAAAGAAAAAGACCAACAGAUGGAACAGAGCGAUGACAAGGAGAAAAAGGAGAAAAAAACAAAGAAGAAAGGCAAAGAGAAAGAAUCUGAAUCCCCACAGAUGACAAACAAGACGACCAAACAAGAGCGUAAAAAGAAGCACUUGCAGGAGGGUUCAACCCAGGAGACAGAGUCAAUGGAAGAGGGGGCAAGUCCAAAGAAUAACGAUGAUGAAAGCGACGAUGAAGAGGAAGAUGGGUCCCAGAGGCCUGUCCCUCAGUCGCCUAAGAAGAAGAAAAAACUCGACACAUCCAGGUGCCAAAUAAGUGAUGACAGUAAAGACGAGGAAAUCCAGGAAAAGGAGAAAAAGGAGAAAAAGGAGAAAAAGACGAAGAAAGCAGAGAAAACUACGCCGAGUCUCGCUUCCCUUAACUCCAACUACAGGGAGAAUUCAUCCUCAGACAGUGAAUCUAAUGAAAGAUCAACAUCUCCAAUGUCAGUGGAGGACCUUGAGAAGUUUGCUUGUCGUCCAGCCCCCAGAGAUGUGACGAUCCAGUGUAGGGUCACCAGGGAUAGGAGAGGCAUGGAGAAGGGCAUUUACCCGACUUACUACCUCCACAUGGAGAAGGAGGACGGCAAGAGGGUGUUUCUGAUGGCAGGCAGAAAAAGGAAGAAGUGCAAAACAUCCAACUAUCUCAUCUCCACCGACCCGACGAAUCUGUCCAGAGAUACAAACUGCUACAUUGGAAAACUAAGGUCCAACGUUCUGGGUACAAAGUUCACCGUCUAUGAUGGAGGUGAAAACCCGGAGAAAAAGCCCUUCAUCAAAGAGUGCGAAUCAGUGCGGCAAGAGCUCGCAGCAAUUUGCUAUGAGACCAACGUGCUGGGAUUUAAGGGUCCCAGGAAGAUGACGGUGGUCAUCCCCGGCAUGAUGGAGAACGAUGAAAGAGUGUCCAUUCGUCCAAAAAAUGAACUUGAGACCUUACUGGUCCGCCAUGUGAACAGCAACACAGACAAACUGGUCACACUGGUGAACAAAUCCCCGAGCUGGAACGAACAGACUCAGUCGUAUGUGCUUAACUUCCACGGCCGUGUCACCCAGGCCUCCGUCAAAAACUUCCAGAUCAUCCACCCCGACAAUGAGGAUUACAUCGUGAUGCAGUUUGGCCGUGUAGCGGAGGAUGUCUUCUCCAUGGAUUACAGUUUCCCCAUGUGUGCCCUGCAGGCCUUUGCCAUCACCCUGUCGUCAUUUGAUGGUAAACUGGCCUGUGAAUGACCCACGCAGGUGUGCCUCAAGUGCUUAACUAGAUCCCUGAUCUAGAUAGAAACUUCAAAUUAAAACUAUACCCAUCAUUUUGCACGGGGUCUUUUA